CCUUAUUCAGUGGAUUUACAUAAGGCUCCCAUCAGCCGGCCCACUCAUUACCACGUUUUAUAUCCCCCUGCACUCAGAAAGCAUCAUGACAAAGUAGCUCCAUCCUCCCCUUCAACAGGGAAGUGAAGCAGCUUCUCGGAGCAGGUGUCCGCACCCGUAAACACUGGAGCAGAGAGGAAGAAAGGGACUUUAUUUUUUUUUACUUUUUUAAAAGUUGAUAUCUACAUUCUUCCUCUCCCCUUCUGCUGCAGCGCGCACACAGCAGGCCUAUAUGUCGUGUUUUUAAUGUUCUCUAAAAUGGUAUCCAAGCUGACAUCCCUUCAGCAGGAGCUCCUCAGCGCCCUGCUGGACUCAGGAGUUACCAAAGAUGUUCUGAUCCAGGCCCUGGAUGAUAUGGACCCCAGCCCGCCGGGUUUUGGAGUAAAACUGGAGAGCCUGCCUAUGUCCCCGGCUCCCCCUCAGAGCGGCAAGAUGAACGGGGCGGACGCCGACUCCAAGCCGGUCUUUCACACGCUCACCAACGGCCACAGCAAGGGCAAGCUGUCCGGGGACGAGGGCUCCGAGGACGGGGACGACUACGACACACCGCCGAUACUGAAGGAGCUCCAGUCGCUCAACACGGAGGAGGCCGCGGAGCAGAGGGCGGAGGUGGAGCGCAUGUUGGCAGAGGAUCCAUGGCGUGCUGCCCGCAUGAUCAAAGGUUACAUGCAGCAGCACAACAUCCCCCAAAGGGAGGUGGUGGACGUCACGGGGCUGAACCAGUCUCACCUCUCCCAGCACCUCAACAAAGGCACGCCCAUGAAAACACAGAAGCGAGCGGCCCUCUACACCUGGUAUGUCAGGAAACAGCGGGAAAUUCUCAGACAGUUCAACCAGGCAGUGCAAGGCUCUGGCAGCAGCAUGACAGACAAAGGCAAUCAGGAUCCGAUGUUUUUUUUCCCAGAGUUCAAUCCGUCCAGUCAGGGCAUGGGCCAGCCUGGUGAAGAGGUCGGCAGCGAACCCUCCUGCAAGAAAAUGAGACGUAACCGUUUCAAAUGGGGGCCUGCUUCCCAGCAAAUCCUGUACCAGGCCUACGAACGACAGAAGAACCCCAGCAAGGAGGAGAGGGAAGCUUUGGUAGAAGAGUGCAACAGAGCUGAGUGUCUCCAGAGAGGCGUCUCCCCCUCUAAAGCUCAGGGCCUCGGCUCAAAUUUGGUCACUGAAGUACGUGUCUAUAACUGGUUCGCAAACCGGCGUAAAGAAGAAGCCUUCAGGCAGAAGCUGGCCCUGGACGCCAUCAAUGUGCCGCCCCACAGCAUGAACCCUCUGCUGUCACACAGCUCGCCACAUCAUCCCCAGAGCAGCGCUUCACCUCCAAUGCGUUACAGCCAAGGCCCCGGUGAGGUCACCUCCUCCACGACCAUCAGCCACCACAGUAGCAACGCGAUGGCGACCAGCCAGUCGGUGCUCCAGCAGGUGUCUCCGGGAGGAUUGGACCACAGCCACAGUCUGCUGUCACCUGACGCCAAAAUGAUUUCUGGUUCAGGUGGAGGACUUCCUCCAGUCAGCACACUGACCAACAUCCACAGCUCCCAUCACAGCCAUCAGCAGACACAGAACCUCAUCAUGCCUCUAUCUGGAGUCAUGGCCAUUGCACAGAGUUUAAACACAUCGCAGUCUCAGACGGUGCCAGUGAUCAACAGCGUGGCUGGAAGCCUUGCAGCGCUCCAGCCGGUGCAAUUUUCCCAGCAGCUUCACAGCCCCCACCAGCAGAGCCUGAUGCAGCAGUCCCCCAGCCACAUGAGCCAGCAGCCGUUCAUGGCGACUGUCACACACUCGCACAUGUAUCCUCACAAGCCAGAGCCCCCGCAAUAUUCCCACCCAUCACGUUUCCCCUCGGCCAUGGUAGUCACGGACGCCAACAGCAUCAGCACCCUCAGCUCCAUGUCAUCAAGCAAGACGGACGCUCCUGUAAACAAGAUGGUGCAACUUGGGGGUCUCUCCUGGUGUCCUCUUCAAGCUUGGUGAGAGCGUCCACCUGACUUCCUCAGUGCCCAGCAACCAGAGCACAUUUUUCCACCCUCUCACCGCGGUAACCAUGACGACUCCUAAUGACCAGCAAACGGCGUGCUGGAUGAUGACUCCGUCAACAAAACGAGAGGAGUGGAGUUGACGAAAAUGAGAAAUGGGUACAGAGAGAGAGAGAGAAAGGGGGGAAGAAAAAAGAGAAAAACUCACCUGAAAGUGAAGAGACUGGAUUCCCCUCAGUCGCACACAAAUGAUCAACAAGGAUGAUUUUAACACAAUCUUUGAAAACAGUAUUCAGUUUUUUUUAAUGCCCCCUGUCAUCCUCUCUUUCCUGACACUACAAAGGAACAAAAACUAAGCACCAAAAAGCGCUCACAAACUGUUGUGGUAUGAACUUGAACGAAGGCUCUUGGGCAUCUCACAGUACACUGUGAUUUAAGGUGGAAAUAUGAACACACUCUGAAACUAACAGAGACAAUGAAAAAGAAAAGUUUCUGGAUGCCUAAGCUGGCAUGUGAGCAGAACUGUGUGACAAUCACAAAAACCCGUCUUGAUCUUUUGCAUGCAUUUGACAUUCCUACUGGGCUUUAAAAGGAGUCUUCCAUGUUUUCUAUCACACUCAGUUUUAAUGUGCAGGCGAUGAAUGCAGGAAUUCAUCAUUUCGAGUUGUUCAAUGUGUAUACUGUGAUUGAAAAGACUGACAAUCUUGAAAGGACUAUGCAAAGCGUCAACAGGUGUAUGCAAUGCUUUGUAUCACUGGAUUCUGCACAGAACUCUACACACUUGAGACUGGAAAUGAAUAUGCACUAUCAGUGACAUCACCAAGAAUUAUGUAUAUAUAUAUAUAUAUAUAUAUAUAUAUAUAUAUAUAUAUUGGAGUCACUAAAGCUGCCUGUAAAAAAACACAAAAGCAGAUGGAUAUAUGUGUGACAAAUAUGCCAAAGAAUGAGAGUCAGCCUGCAAUGUCAGUGGCGGGAGGUCUGACUCACACACUUUAACUGUGGCCCUUCCCCUCCAUGUUGUUUGCACAUAGGUUCAGGUGAAUUUCAGGAAUGGGACUUACCCUCCUCCUCCUUCUCCCACGUCCUGCCUCAAUGUGAAGAGAUACCAAAAAGGACAAAUAUUGUUAAUAACUCCUCAUUGUAAGUCGGGAUCCCCUGGAGUGGUUAGAAUGAAAAUACUGACAAGUAUUCAGAAAGAAAACAGUCAUCUCAGUCUGGUAUUUUGUGCAGG